ACGUUAUCCAUUACGUUAGCUGAUGUUAUUCUUAUACUUUUGGAAUUUCUACUGAUGUGUGGGUGUAUGACGCAUCAUUCAACGUGUUGUGUUGCGACUAUGGAGAAGGGUAGGUCAGAUUUAUAGGACGGAGUCAGUAACAGAAACACAAGUUACGGCCAUGGAGAGUUUCUGGUGCCAUAUGUCCAUCGCCAUGAUGUUGUCCGCAUCCCGUAUAUAUGGAUCUAUAAGUCUUACAAGCUCGAACCACAGACGGGCCAGUAUACCCUCGUGUGUGAUAGUGACAUCGGCACUGACGGGGGCCGCACAAUCACGUGGUUUAGAAACGAAAGUAAAAUCUUUAAGACUACAGCGGGACCUAUGGCAUCCUGUACCCUGGAACCCAAGUCUGUCUUCGUAGACAUCACCAGUGUUAGCUGUACAUCAACGAGGCACACCGUGACGUUCAGACUUAGUUCCGGUGCUGACGAUGGCGCUGAGUGGUGGUGUGAGGACACGGCAGGGGGUCAAACAAGCACCAGCAAUCACUUGAAACUAGAAAGCACCACUGUCACACCAUCCACUGAAAAUACUUCUUGGAAAGGUGGAAUAUCCCCUGGAAUUGAAAACACCAGUGGUUCAACAGGACGUACCACCAUCGCAUUAUCUACAGAUAAAUCAUCGCCUGGCAGAACACCAUCUAGAACUGAAAACAUCAGUGGUUCAACAGGAAGUACCACCAUCGCCUCAUCUACUGAACGCAGGUCAUCGCCUAGUAGAACAUCAUCUAGAACUGAAAACAUCAGUGGUUCAACAGGAAGUACCACCAUCGCCUCAUCUACUGAACGCAGGUCAUCGCCUAGUAGAACAUCAUCUAGAACUGAAAACAUCAGUGGUUCAACAGGAAGUACCACCAUCGCCUCAUCUACUGAACGCAGGUCAUCACCUAGUAGAACAUCAUCUAGAACUGAAAACAUCAGUGGUUCAACAGGAAGUACCACCAUCGCAUUAUCUACAGAUAGAUCAUCGCCUGGCAGAACACCAUCUAGAACUGAAAACAUCAGUGGUUCAACAGGAAGUACCACCAUCGCCUCAUCUACUGAACGCAGGUCAUCACCUAGUAGAACAUCAUCUAGAACUGAAAACAUCAGUGGUUCAACAGGAAGUACCACCAUCGCCUCAUCUACAGAUAAAUCAUCGCCUAGUAGAACAUCAUCUAGAACUGAAAACAUCAGUGGUUCAACAGGAAGUACCACCAUCGCCUCAUCUACUGAACGCAGGUCAUCGCCUAGUAGAACAUCAUCUAGAACUGAAAACAUCAGUGGUUCAACAGGAAGUACCACCAUCGCCUCAUCUACUGAACGCAGGUCAUCACCUAGUAGAACAUCAUCUAGAACUGAAAACAUCAGUGGUUCAACAGGACGUACCACCAUCGCCUCAUCUACUGAACGCAGGUCAUCACCUAGUAGAACAUCAUCUAGAACUGAAAACAUCAGUGGUUCAACAGGAAGUACCACCAUCGCAUUAUCUACAGAUAUGUCAUCGCCAAUAAUCUCGAUAAUCACAUCUGAAGCAUUCCCUAAGCAUGACAACAACGACUCCAGUAAGCGUGUCCACAUUAUAGUCGGCUCGGUGUGCGGAACUGUCGUUGCUGCAGUAGCUGUCGUCGUAGCUGUAUUUGUCUGCAGGAGACGACGAGUGAAGCAUAAAGCUGCAAGUGCUGGUCAUGGACACACAAAGGAAUCCAAUUAUGAAGCCAGGAGAGAGAGCAGCCAUUCUAACCCGGAGAAGAUAGUAAUGCAGGACAACGACUUGUAUAUGAGGUCCUCUGAAGUGUUCCCUCCUGAUCUGUCACCAAGUCUUGAGAAGGCUGAUGUCACAGAAGUGUAUUCCAAGGUAAACAAAGGACACGUUGAAGGAACAGAGUUGUCAACACCAUUGUGAAGGUGUAACACAGACAGACGUCUCGAUGUCAAAGACCUGAGUCACGUAGGGCAUCCCUCCUACAUUGUACGUGCAACGAAGUCGCAUCCCAAACCCUUACAUCUUCCUCUGUAUCCGUCGUGUAAAUUACAAACAGCUAAGAGUAACAGCUCGCAGUCACCUAACUCGGAUCGCAUCGAAGUGAUCAAAACUUUUUAAAAAAAGGUGAAACAAGAUGGAUGGAGCUUCUGUAGUAUGUGAGCGACACGGCGUGUAGGGGUAUCAAUUCCAAAGCGUCAUGUUUCUCGUAUUGCAGGAGUUGACAUCCCUUAUAUCUCACCUUGAGUGUGUGUCACAUCUAAGAGCCAUUCAAAGUUUCUAUAAUUAUGUUUAUCGUUUGCAGAAGGUUAUUUCUCGAAAAGUGCAAUUUGCAAUUGUGGUCAGUUGAUCAAGGGACAAUAUGCAAUUUUGAACACCGACAAUAUUGAUAUUUUAACAGUUCAGUUUAGACUUGGGCCGUGGAGUUGUAUACUUGUCUUGUGCACUACCCACAGAACUGAAACUUCACCAUUGAUCGGGAAAAUAAUAGUGUCAACAAACACUAAGUGUGCGGAACAUGAGCCAGUAUUAAUAUACUCUUUGUUAUUUUCAUCAUCCAUGUGUUCCUAAGUUAUCGAAUGUUUAAUUUUCCAAUUUUACUUCCAUGUACGUUAUACGCUACUAAUAUUUUCCAAAUAAAUUGUAAUUAUGAACA